CUUCAAUCUUCCAUUAGAAGUGUUAAUUACUUUUCGACAUGCAUACAAAAGUAGCUGAUGCUUUCAAAGCCCAGCCGAUGGUAAAUCAGAAGCAUUUAGACUUAAAAUCCAUGAAAGAAUUGCCUGAAUCGCAUGCAUGGUUAUCACAAGAUGGCUCUCCUUCUUAUGGUUCAUCCACUUCCGAGCAAGUUCCUGUGAUUAACCUCAAAGAUCCAAAGGCCAUGAAACUUGUGGGCCAUGCAUGCAAGACUUGGGGGGUGUUUCAGGUCACCAAUCAUGGCGUCCCUACAAAUCUUCUUCAAGAAAUGGAGGAUGCUGGUAGAAAACUAUUUGCACUUCCUAUCCAACAGAAGCUUAAAGCUGCUAGAGCACCAGACGGUGUAUCUGGCUAUGGCGUUGCAAGAAUAUCGUCGUUUUUUCCCAAACUCAUGUGGUCUGAAGGAUUCACCAUCAUUGGAUCUCCAUACGAACAUGCUCGUAAACUCUGGCCCAACCGUUAUAGUAGAUUCUGCGAUGUAAUCGAAGGGUAUAAACACGAGAUGAACAACUUAGCUCAAAGACUGAUGUGGUUGAUGCUGGGAUCCUUGGGUGUAACAACGGAAGACGUAAAAUGGGAUGGAUCACAAGGAUCAUGUCCAGCUUUACAGUUAAAUUCAUACCCAGCUUGUCCUGAUCCAGACCGAGCCAUGGGUCUGGCGGCUCACACAGAUUCGACCCUCUUAACCAUCCUUUACCAAAACAACACAAGCGGACUCCAGGCUCACAGGGAAGGAGCCGGUUGGGUGACAGUCCCACCGAUACCUGGUGCCCUUGUGGUCAAUGUAGGUGACCUCCUCCACAUAUUAUCCAACGGGUUGUAUCCAAGUGUGCUGCACCGGGCCAUGGUGAACCGAACCCAACACCGCUUGUCAGUGGCUUAUCUCUACGGACCACCAUCUAAUGUUCAAAUCUCACCUCUUUCAAAACUAAUAGAUCAUGUUCACCCACCUCUUUACCGACCAGUUACAUGGAGCGAGUAUCUUGGCACAAAAGCAAAACACUUCAACAAGGCGUUGUCAUCGGUCCGUUUAUGUGUGCCUUUAAACGGAUUCGUGGACGCAAAUGAUCACAGUGGUGUACGAGUUGGUUGAAUUUUUGUAAGCAACAAUUUUUUGUCAAUAAUUAGAGGAUAAUAUUGUAAGAAAUUAAAUAGAGGCUAGCGAUAAAAAGAAACGAGCUAAUAUUUGUGAGGGUUUGUCUUGAUAUGUAAGAUAGAUAUCAAAGAAUCUAUUAAGUAUCAAGGUAAACGACACAUAGCCCGACACAUUUAUGCCCCGAAUAUGAAGGAAGAUCCUCCUCCAAAGAAAAGAUAAAUUUGGCUAAAUCAUUGGGUCUAAUACAGGGAGAAAAAGAUGCUUGAAAUGAACAAUAUCAAUAAUUCCAUUUUGAAAACGCCCAAAAAGUGAAAGAAACCCUCCAAAAGAGAGUAGAUUUGAAGGAACUGCAAGUUGAGAAAUAAAGAAUGAGAGGCCAUGGUUGUCUCUUUGUAUUUGUCUGUUUCGCGUAUAUUAGCCACAUAAAUGAGGGAUUUUGGCACUGAUGGUAAAGACCCCACAUGCGGGUCCUUCUUUUUAGCCAAUGACACCAUGUUUCCUCCCUCCUGGAGGGAAAGAGUUAGUUUUUAUAGUUUGGUUGCAUACCCUUCAAGAAGGGUUUCUUUUUGUUCGAUGUUAAAAGUUAAACUCAUCUAUAGCCUGUUCAAUCCCUCAUACUUAAUAUCCAUUAUUGCUUAUUAACACACCAAAUGUAAAAGC